AUGGAGAGCAGUGAGGGAACAUCGCAGAGAAGGAACACAGUCCAGAAUUUUUUUUCCAAUGCGAUAGAGAAAGCCAAACUUAGAGAAUGUUUCACAUGGGAUCUGCUGAAGAUUAUACUCCUCGGUCAAGGAUUAUCCCUGUUAUUAUGCGGAACUGCAAUCAGCAGUCAAUAUCUGGCAGAUGAUUUUUCUGUCCACACACCAAUGCUUCAAGGCUUUGUCAACUACCUACUACUGUUCCUGGUUUACACCGGAGUAUUGGCUUUCAGGCAGGGCAGUAAAAAUUUAGUGCAAAUACUAAAGGCAAAAUGGUGGAAAUAUCUUCUGCUGGGUCUCAUUGAUGUUGAAGCAAACUAUAUGACAGUCAAAGCCUACCAGUAUACAACAUUAACAAGUGUUCAGCUCCUGGAUUGUUUUGUCAUUCCUGUGGUGAUGCUCCUAUCGUGGUUCAUUUUACAUUCGAGAUACAAAGCCAUCCAUUUUGCAGCCGUUUUGAUGUGUUUGCUGGGCGUUGGAAUUAUGGUUGGUGCUGACGUUCUGUCUGCCAAACAUCCAGAAAUAGGUAUCAACAAGCUGCUGGGAGACCUGCUUGUCCUGGGAGGUGCUAUACUUUAUGGUAUUUCUAAUGUAUAUGAAGAAUUUAUUGUGAAAAACUUCAGCACAGAGGAAUUUCUGGGAAUGCUUGGCUUGUUUGCAACCCUCUUUAGUGGGAUACAACUAGGCAUUCUGGAGCAUAAUGAAAUUGCAAACAUUAAUUGGAACUGGCAAAUAGUAUUAUUAUUCACUUCAUUUUCGAUCUGCAUGUUUGGAUGGUAUAGCUUCCUACCCAUUGUGAUUAAGCUCAGCAAUGCCACCUCGGUCAACCUUGGCACUCUGACUGCCGACCUCUACAGCCUCUUCUUUGGGAUCUUCUUAUUCCAUUACAAGUUUUCAACGCUGUAUGUCCUGGCAUUUCUGCUCAUAUUGAUUGGAUUUAUCCUCUACAACUCAUCUCCAUCACAUACAAGUGAAGUCCAGAAUCAACAGCAGGCUGCAAGUGAAGGAUCUAGUAACCCUGUUCCAGUGAAUGAUGUCAAUAGCCAAGAAGCCAGCAGCCAUUCUAUCUCCAACCAGCUCCCAGUGGAAACACCCAACCCAAACAGAUGUCAAGCAUAA